AACUAGUGUAUGUCUAUAUAUAUAUGCAUCUAUUUCUCUUCUCUCACUCCACUUAUAUAGUAGUAUUAGUAGUAGUACACAACAUGAAAUCCACGUUGCACUUCAAAUUACGUCGACACCAUUUAUUUCACACACUAAACUAACUCCCCAUCUCUCUCUAUAUAAAUAACCACACAAACCCCUCUCCUAAUUCAUUCCCAACCAAAAAAUGACGACUACGGUGCAGGCCUGGCCCGAGCCCGUGGUCCGGGUCCAACAUUUGUCGGACAGCGGGAUCCGGGUCAUACCCGACCGCUACGUCAAGAAGCCUGCGGACCGGCCGGGCGCCGCCGCCAGCGAGGGCUCCGCCUGCGACAUUCCGGUCAUCGACAUGAGUUCCGGCGAUGCGGCGGCGCUGAUCGACGAGGCGUGCCGCGAGUGGGGGUUCUUCCAGGUGGCGAGCCACGGCGUCUGCCCCGACCUCAUGGCGCGCUGCCGCGAGGCGUGGCGGGAGUUCUUUCAGCUGCCGCUGGCGGAGAAGCAGAGGUAUGCUAACUCGCCGGCGACGUACGAGGGCUAUGGGAGCCGGCUCGGCGUCGAGAAGGGGAUAUCUCUGGACUGGAGCGAUUACUUCUUCCUUCAUUUUCUCCCCAUUGGGCUCAGAGAUGAGAACAAAUGGCCAACUUUACCUGUUUCAUGCAGGGAAUUGGCUGCGGAAUAUAGUAGAGAAGUGGUGGAAUUGUGUGGAAAAUUGAUGAAGAUUUUGGCGAGAAAUCUUGGGCUCAGAGAGGACUACCUUUUAGAAGCAUUUGGAGGAGAGGAGGAGUUGGGUGCAUGCAUGCGUGUUAACUAUUACCCAAAAUGCCCUCAGCCGGACCGCACCCUUGGCCUUUCUUCGCACUCCGAUCCUGGCGGUAUGACCGUCCUUUAUUCCGAUGAAAACGUCUCCGGCCUCCAAGUCCGACGUGGCGACACCUGGAUCACCGUUAUGCCCCAACCCAACACCUUCAUUGUCAACUUAGGCGACCAACUCCAGAUAUUGAGUAAUGCAAAUUAUAAAAGCGUGGAGCACCGCGUGCUCGUGAAUUCGGCCAAGGAGAGGGUAUCGCUGGCAUUCUUCUACAAUCCCAAGGGUGAUAAGGUCAUUAAGCCGGCCGAGGAGCUGGUCUUGCCGGGGCAGCCGUUGCGAUACUCCCCCACCACUUAUAACGACUACCGUCUCUACAUUAGGAUGAAGGGUCCUUGCGGCAAGUCUCAACUCGAAUCACUAUAAUCGAUUUCUAAAUAAAUUAAUUACUAUAUAAAUAAAAACUUGUAUUUUCUCUCCUUAUAUAAUUUGGUGAAGUAUUCAACUAAUUACCCCAAAUUUAAGGAAGGAAGGGUAUAUUGGGUGUGAUAUUUAUUUGAGUAGAUUAUGUAUGAUGUAAUUUAUGUUAUUUGUUUUAUGAAUGUUAUGUAAUUUGGAAUAUAAUUUUAACUAGCUAAGUAGUCAUUUUUCAUUAUUGAUGUCAUAAUUUUAUUUGUA